GUGAUCGAUCCGAUGUUGAACUCAUUCUAGCCAAGGUCUACUGAAGGAAUCCUUAUCCUUUGUACUGGUCCAUAGAUCACGAAUCCUUUGUAAUUGUACUGGUGCCGUUACGAAAAUCAACGACACAUUGGGAGUCGUUCCCGCGACUCAUUCGCACGCUUCCUUCCCUUUCCGAAGCAAGGAAACCGCCAUUUUUUUCAACGAGAACCACCACGUGUACAGUUCCAUAACGCCUGAGUUACCCGCAACAGCUCCCCCUGUUCCUCCUUUCGUCCCUCCUCCCUCCCUCCAUCUCUGUCUUCUCUCUCUCGUUGGGUUGUUGUCAUUGUACAUUCUCGACCUCCAUUCGUGCCUUUCUUCUGGAAACACCAACCCGUUAAGGCAUUUUCGGGUUUCCCAGAGCUUUCUCUGUCUCUGACACCGAGACCCAUUUGCCAUUUCAGUCGUGGAAGCUUGGGCGAGUAGACAGGUGACUUUAUUGGGGGCCAGAGAUGAAUGGACGUGAAGAAGAGCGAACUGGGUUUGAGGUUGCAGUGGUGGUUCCGAAGAGGACGGUGAACGAAGGAGAUGGGAGUUGCGAUUGCGUUGAGCUUCUUGUUUCUGAGUUUAUGAAUGCAGGCUUGAUAAUUGAGAGAGUAGUUGGCCUUUCAGACGAGUUUAUUAAGUUGGCAGCACCUCUGGAGAUUUUGGGGAGGGUUGCAUCUGACCUGCAAAUAAGGAAGCCUACUCACAUUGGAAUGGAUUUACCAUUUCAAUGGGACGAGGUUGAAGCAUUUGUGAGGCAACCUGAUGGUUCAUUGUUUAGUUGGUGUGAGAGGUUCCAUUGCUUUCAUCACCUAGUUUAUGGAAUUGUAAACAAGAACAAGUCAUUUGUAACUCUAAGUUUUGACGGGAAAGAGUUUAAGUGGGAACAGGGGGAAUCUCUACUUGCAAAAUUGGAAUCUGAAGGCAUUGCCAAACAACCCUUCCCUUUGCAUGAUGAAUCAAAGAGGAAGCAGCUCUUGAGAAGUUGGGCACUGAACUGGUUAGACCUCACAUGGCAACCAGUUGAUGAGAUUUACUUGUACUUUGGGACAAAGAUUGCAACAUAUUUUGUUUUCCUUGGAAUGUAUACACGGUGGAUGUUCUUUCCUGCUGUAUUUGGGCUUACUUUGCAGUUGAUUAAUUUUGGAUCAUGGCAAUUACGGAUUCUUCCUAUUUUCUUUAUAUGCAUUAUUUCUUGGGCUGUAUUAUUUUUACAGUUCUGGAAACGCAAGAACUAUGCUCUUUUGGCCAGAUGGCCGGUGAGUAAUUCAAUACGAGUAGACUCUGGAUAUACAGUUUUGGACAUGGGGCAGAGUGGCCUUCUGUCUGAUGUGGAACUUGUGAAGAAGUUGGGAACUGAUAAAGCAAAAGAAAAAGAAGCAUUUCAAAGAGACGAGUGGUUUGGACAUUUACUGAGAUUCAGAAAUGAUGCAAUCAUUAUCUUGAGUAUUAUUUGUCUCCAAUUACCAUUUGAGCUGGCUUAUGCUCAUACAUAUGAAGUUCUUGGUUCUGAUCUAACCAAGUUUAGUCUGACAGCUGUUUAUCUUUUCGCCAUCCAGUACUUAACAAAAAUUGGGGGCAUAGUUUCAGUCAAGCUCAUUAAAUAUGAAAACAAUAAAAGCACAGAGUAUAUGUCUGAUAGCCUGGUGUACAAGGUUUUUGGUCUUUAUUUUAUGCAAUCAUAUAUUGGUCUGUUCUAUCAUGCCCUUUUGCACCGAAACUUUACAACCCUCCGCCAAGUUCUUAUUCAACGCUUGAUUGUGUCUCAGGUGUUGGACAAUGUUAUGGAGAACUCUCUUCCGUAUCUAAAAUACAACUAUAAAAAAUAUAGAGCUGUCAAUAAGAAAAAGUACGAGAAGGGAUCAUCAACAGGGAAGAUUCAAGUUACUUCUAGAGUAGAGAAAGAGUAUCUCAAACCUGCUUACUCUGCAAGCAUAGGGGAAGAACUUGAAGAUGGUCUAUUUGAUGAUUUUCUUGAGUUGGCUUUGCAGUUUGGAAUGGCCAUGAUGUUUGCAUGUGCAUUUCCCCUUGCUUUCUCCUUCACUUUGUUGAACAAUAUUACAGAGAUUAGAACAGAUGCAUUAAAGCUUCUUUCCAUGUUGAGGAGGCCUAUUCCUCGUGCUGCCGCAACAAUUGGAGCUUGGCUAAACAUAUUUCAGUUUCUGAUAGUGAUGUCAAUCUGCACCAACUGUGCACUUUUGGUGUGCUUGUAUGAUCGGGAGGGCAAAUGGAAAAUUGAGCCAGGAUUAGCAGCAAUCCUUAUCAUGGAGCACAUUCUCCUGUUUAUCAAAUUUGGAUUCUCUCACUUUGUGCCAGAGGAACCUGCUUGGGUGACGGCAAAGCGUGUAAAGAGUGCAACUCAGGCACAGGAUAUGUGCUCUAAGCAGCUUUUGAGGAGCAUCUCAGAUAGAGAGAAGAAACCGAAAUGAGGAUAAGCACUACAAAAUCUACAGGAGGUCAGGUCAUCGGGAGCGUCUGGGAAUAAAGCUUUAUUUCUGAGAGAUCUCCCCAUUCAUUGAUCAACAAGCUUGUUUGGGCUAUUUGGUUUUGAAACAUCAGUACUCUGUCUCUGGAAAAUAGGGAGAUAUGAUUUGUAAGUACUUGAUUCCACUUUGUAGAAUAGUAAUGUCUUUUGAGAGGAAGAAGUUUAGUAUUAAAUGUGUAACAUUUUAUACGUUGAGUCUCUUUUUUUCUCUCGUGAUGGUUGUUCAGAAUCUCAGAUUAGUAGCUUGCAGAUACUGUAAUCUUUCAUUUUGUAUUACUUUUUACAGUCAUCACAAAGAAAGAGGAGAGAGUGAGUUGGGUUGGCUUUCUGCUUUCAUUACUUAAUGUAAUAUUUGAUUUCUCAGUCACUGAUACAGUUCAUUCCAGAACGCAUUAAUUACCAUUUUGUUUACCU